AUGUUGGCAGCGCUGCUCCACACUCUGGUGCAGACUCCCUCGGAGCUCAGCCCACCACCUUCACCUCAGGCUAGUUUGGAGACAGCGGACCACCCCGUGGAGCUCAGGACACUAAACUUUGACAUGGCUCAGUCGUGUGAACCUCAUGAACCUCGUGUCCUCAAGAAACAGAUAUCUGGCCGGACUCCUGUGAACCUCGGCCAGGAGAGAGACAUCUGGAAGCCGCUGGUCCAGUCGACAACCAACCUCAGCGAAGUGCACAGCAUCAGGUCAGUCUUUGAGUUCCGGACGUUUGACCCAGAAGGGGCGAUUUUCUACGGGGACACCAAGGAUGGGGAGGACUGGUUCAUGUUGUCUCUGAAAGACGGCAUCCCUGAGAUGCAGAUCAGCAAAGAGGGCACCAUCGUCAGCGUGGCGGGGGGUCCCAAGCUCAACGAUGGAAAAUGGCACCUGCUGGAGCUGAGCAACCAGGGCAAGUUUGUGAUUCUGGAGGUGGACAGGGCGAAGGCGCUGGUGGUGGGCCUGGGGUCCAACGGGGCGGACGAUCUUCUGUCCGGUCAAAUCCGGCUGGCCCUCGGCGGGGUCCUGAUCGACACGAAGAAGAUGAUUGUCCAGUUCCAGCCACAGAUGGAUGGCUGUGUGCAGGAAGGCAGCUGGCUAAACCUCACCGCUCCCUGGGAGACAGAAGCAGAGGAGCUCUGGCCCUGCUAUCAAAACAUCCAACCUGGCAGCUACUUCCCUGGCACGGGGUUUGCCGUUUUCAACACCUCAGUUUUCUCACGUGACGCAGAGCAGGAUGGACUCAAGAUUGAAAUCUGGGGACAUUUCAGUCAAAUGGAUGGGACCAUUUUGAGCAUGAAGGCCCCGGGGCAGGAGCUGCUGCUGGCUUUAGAGGCAGAUAAUAACACAAAGGCAGUCACACUCACCUUUGGUAACGAUAAAAUCAUGAUGGCAGAGGACUUCAAUAGACUGGCGCUAAUCUUUCAAAAGGAUUUACUAGAAGUGCUGAUGGAGAACGACCAAUCAGAGGCCAGGAGGCUAUCUGUCGCUUCAGAGGAGCAGCCUGCGUAUUUGGGCACACUGGCAGGGGGGCGGCUCGCCAUCGGAGGUCUUUUAGGUGAAGGCGAGGAGCACGUUGGCUCCCACUACUUGACAGGAUGCCUGCAGAAGAUCCAGGUCCAGGGGAAGGAUUUGGACCUGGACUUGGCUGUGAAGCACGCGUCCGUCUCCUCUUACAGCUGCCCUGCGGAGAUCAUGAAAGGACACAUUGAUUGAAAUGGCAUGAAAAAAAAAACAACACAGUGUAAUUGUUUGAACAACUGAGAGAAAGAGUUGAAGUCAAGUGCAAUAUCCUCUUCAAAGACAAAGCUUUUUUUUGUAUAAUACUGACACCUUAAUUCACAGUUUUCUC